CUAGAUGAGUUGUCUUGGCUAACAUGGAGUAAAAGGCUCAAAACUCACAUUUAAGUGUUAUAUAAAGAAGCUUCGCUGAACCAGAGUCACCUUAAAGGAUUUACAAUUGUUAUAAAUUAUGACAGUACAAAAUCACAUUUUUUGGCUUCGGUGUUCAGCCUUAAAAUAUAAUGACAGUGUAAUUGAAGUUUUAAAGAUUUCUCAGUUACUGACAAGAUUAAUAUAGCAGUCAAACUGGCCUUUGACACCAAAGGAAUAAGUGCCUGCAAUAUUUAUAUCCUGCACCUCCACAUAUAAGAUCAUGUUGUUAACAAGCAAGAGCAUGUCAGAGACUGCAGAUUUGAUACAACCCCCAGUAUGAUAGUAUGCAUGUAUUGUUUAUAGUUUUGCAUGGCUGAUAGCAGUUAAAGGGGUAGAUAGAGUGAUACGGGUAGUAUGGAGAUUAUGUAACCCUUGUUCCACAGAAAAUCUCAUGAGAUUCUCAUUCAUUUACGGCUUAUUUGAAAUCAUGCAGCAGUUAUACUCCUAACCCCAAUUGGGCAGUCUCACUUCACGUUCUGUCCCAUUUACUCCCAUUCAUUUGCAUGCAAAUGCUGGGAAUCAGAAACACAAGCUCAUGCGAAGAUGUUUCGCAUUUCAGCACAUUCCAAAAUUCAGGUUUGGUAAACUCUCUGACCUGGGAAUUCAUAUCAGGUAAAGACAUGUGACCAAUUGAAGACAUCACGACAUAGUCUUUUCAGAAAAUCAAAGAUGGAGAAAACACUGAUAAUAGAGCACAAUCUUAUCUUAUCUUAAGCAUUGUCACUUUAAAAGUAACAAAAACAUCAAUAGUCACUGUCCCUACCCAAAAAGCACAUUCAUUUUCACAUAGGCUUUUGGAUUUUCGCAAAAAAUAAGCUCUGUUGUCAAACGUUUAUGACAUUACACGUUUAGUCCAACAAGAUAAUUUUUUACAGUUUAACUAAAAUCUUACGAAUUUUGAAGUGCAUUUAGUAGAAAUAAAAAGCUAACCUUAACCAAACUAUUCCAUGUCUUUCGUCAUCAACGUCAUCAAGUUUCCGUCAGCUGUUUCAAACUUUAUUAAACACAUUUUAAAACAUGUUCCCUGAUAAAAAAUACUCUGUGGUUGAAUCUUUGUUCAGAAUUGAACUCAUGUCGCAUUGUUUUUGAGAUUUUUAUGCGUAUUUACGUUCAAAGUCCCUGAAAACGCCUGUUGUCCCAUGUCCCUGUGUGUCCAAUAAGUCGUAGAAUAAAACGUGAAAAUAUUUUUGUCUUGUAUUAACCCAAGAUCCUAUUUAAGGAGUUUAACCUAAACCGCAUUCAACAAACCCAUUGACUUUUGGACGAUGGAACCGGAAGUGGAAAAAUGUUAACUUGCUUCCGAGUUUUGCCUACAAAAAUACGUCAUCCCUGCGGCACUCUUUAUUAAUGCUUAUUGUUAUCUCAAAAUGUUAAAUGCUCUCCCUCAAUAAUGAAUAAAUGUAAAUGGAUAAAAAACCCUCAACAUCUUAGAAUAGAUCAUAUUCAGUAUGCGUAGGGUUCUCCAUAAACAUUUUGCAUGCUGAAUAUCUAGUUUACUGAUAACCUUGAUAUCAGGAAAAGCAAAUAUCAUUAGACUGUGAGAAUUUUACAGAACAAGGUCUAGACACGUCCUUAGUCUAGAGGAAUUUAAACCACACCUUUUUUAUAGUGCUACCCUCUUACCUGUCCUAUCAGUAGAAGUUAAACAUGUUACAUAUUUACACAUAAGAAGAACCAGUUAAUGGCAACUUAAAUAUUGACAAUUUCUUGUUCAACAAACUAUUUGGAGAACACCACAGAAUAUCAACGGCCUCAAUUUUUUUAACUGAAAACCUUGGAGGAAUAAAUAAACAGGAAGAGACUCCUUGCAACGAGCACGUUUUGAGCUAUUUGGUCCAUAAUUGUGUCUCCAGACAGCUGUGACCCUCCAGCAGUGCCUGCGCCUUUAAAUGUAAGGCUUUUGUAUUCUCUGAGGGGAACGCUUGUUGUUAAGAUUAAACGCGACAGAGAAAGGGCUCGCUGUCUGGAGAGAAGCCAUCUACUGAAGAGAUACAACGGGGAGGAACCUUAUAACAUAGCCCAGGGCGGCCCAAAUGACACAGUGUGACAGGGUUCGGGGCUUUUGUCUGUUAAAGAGGCUGGCUGGAAUGGGAGAAGUGACGCGUGCAGUCCAUCCAUCCGCGCCCGCUCUCGAUCAUGCACCAGCUGGCCUCGCCUCUCUCCCAUCACGCGAACGGCGCAGGACCCUCGUGCUCGGCCGCCGGCUACCGCAAGGCAGAGGAUGAGAUGAGCGGAACUACAUCACAGGCGGACCCGAUAGAUGCCACAGCGCGGACUGUGCUCCUCAACAAACCCCAGACCACCAAAUAUUGUGACAACCAUGUCAGCACGGCUAAGUACGGGAUCCUUACGUUCCUGCCUCGCUUCCUGUACGAACAGAUCAGACGUGCAGCUAAUGCUUUCUUCCUCUUCAUCGCUCUCAUGCAGCAAAUCCCUGACGUUUCACCGACGGGUCGCUACACAACACUGGUACCUCUCAUAUUCAUUCUGACUGUAGCUGGGAUCAAAGAGAUCAUUGAGGAUUAUAAAAGACAUAAAGCAGACAACACAGUAAACAAGAAAAAGACAACAGUCAUACGUAACGGAGCAUGGACGACCAUCAUAUGGAAACAGGUGGCAGUGGGAGACAUAGUCAAGGUGACCAAUGGGCAGCAUCUUCCGGCUGACAUGGUCAUAGUGUCCUCCAGCGAGCCUCAGGCCAUGUGUUAUACGGAAACAUCCAACUUAGAUGGGGAGACCAACCUGAAGAUCCGACAGGGUCUUUCUCUCACAGCCUGUUUUCAGUCUUUGGAGGAACUGAUAGGUUUGUCUGGUCGUCUAGAAUGUGAGGGACCGAACAGACAUCUGUAUGACUUUACUGGGACACUGCGCCUUGACAACCAGAACCCAGUUCCACUCGGGCCGGACCAGGUGCUGUUACGAGGUGCCCAGCUCAGGAACACACAGUGGGUUGUGGGAAUUGUAGUAUACACUGGACACGAUUCGAAACUAAUGCAAAAUUCCACUAAAGCUCCGCUAAAACGCUCAAAUGUUGAGCGGGUGACUAAUAUGCAGAUUUUGGUUCUGUUCUGUAUUCUUCUGGUCAUGGCCCUGAUCAGCUCCAUUGGGGCCGCCAUAUGGAACAAACAGCACACGGACGAGGCUUGUUGGUAUCUUUCCCGCGCAGGUGACAUCUCUCUGAACUUCUGGUACAAUCUUCUAACCUUCAUCAUCCUUUACAACAACCUGAUUCCCAUAAGUCUACUGGUCACACUUGAAGUGGUUAAAUUCACUCAGGCUCUCUUUAUUAACUGGGAUGUCGAGAUGUAUUACUCGGAGACGGACACACCCGCCAUGGCACGAACUUCCAAUCUGAACGAAGAGCUUGGCCAAGUGAAAUAUCUAUUUUCUGACAAGACGGGCACUCUCACCUGCAACAUCAUGCACUUUAAGAAGUGCACGGUAGCUGGGAUUACAUAUGGGCAUUUCCCAGAUCUGGAGUGCGAUCGAUCCAUGGAGGACUUCAGUCACCUUCCCUCUACAAGCCAAAACUCUACUGAGUUUGAUGAUCCUGCACUUAUCCAGAACAUCGAGAAGAAUCAUCCCACAUCCCCUCAGAUCUGUGAGUUUUUGACCAUGAUGGCUGUCUGUCAUACUGUUGUUCCUGAGCGAGAAGAAAACCAGAUUAUCUACCAGGCCUCCUCACCAGAUGAAGGAGCUCUGGUGAAAGGUGCCAAAGGUCUGGGCUUUGUUUUCACUGCAAGAACGCCUCAUUCAGUGAUCAUAGAUGCGAGAGGAAAAGAGCAGUCUUAUGAACUGCUUAAUGUACUUGAAUUUUCCAGCAAUCGUAAAAGGAUGUCAGUCAUUGUGAGAACACCCACAGGCAAACUCAGGCUGUAUUGCAAGGGAGCAGAUAAUGUGAUUUUCGAGCGCCUGGACGAGGCAUCGCAGUUUAAGGACCUAACCGUCGUCCACCUUGAGCAGUUUGCCACAGAAGGGUUACGGACCCUCUGUUUUGCGUAUGUGGACCUAGAGGAAGCAGCCUACCAGCAAUGGCUAAAGGAAUAUAAUCGCAUUAGCACUGUGAUAAAGGACAGAGCUCAGAAACUGGAGGAGUGCUAUGAACUUAUAGAGAAGAACUUGGUGUUAUUGGGUGCCACCGCUAUAGAAGAUCGUCUGCAAGCUGGAGUCCCAGAAACCAUUGCAACACUUAUGAGAGCCGACAUCAAGAUCUGGGUCCUGACCGGGGACAAGCAGGAGACUGCUAUUAACAUUGGUUACUCCUGUAAGCUGGUCUCACAUGGCAUGUCGCUCAUCAUUGUCAAUGAAGAUUCCCUGGAUGCAACCAGGGCCACACUGACAGCUCACUGUGCCUCACUGGGUGACUCUUUGAGAAAGGAAAAUGAGUUGGCUCUCAUCAUCGACGGACAGACGCUCAAAUACGCCCUCUCUUUUGAAGUGCGUCAGGCCUUCCUCGACCUCGCUCUGUCCUGCAAAGCCGUCAUCUGUUGCAGGGUGUCUCCACUGCAGAAAUCUGAGAUCGUGGACAUGGUGAAGAAGCAUGUGAAGGCCAUCACACUGGCUAUAGGAGAUGGAGCCAAUGAUGUUGGCAUGAUACAGACGGCACACGUGGGUGUGGGCAUCAGUGGGAACGAGGGCAUGCAAGCCACCAAUUCAUCGGACUACUCUAUAGCUCAGUUUUCCUACCUGGAAAAGUUGUUAUUGGUUCACGGGGCAUGGAGUUACAACCGUGUUACCAAAUGUAUCCUGUACUGUUUCUAUAAGAACGUGGUUCUGUACAUCAUAGAGCUUUGGUUUGCAUUUGUGAACGGCUUUUCCGGACAGAUCCUGUUUGAACGGUGGUGCAUUGGAUUGUACAAUGUGAUCUUUACUGCACUGCCGCCGUUUACACUGGGGAUAUUCGAUCGGCCAUGCAGUCAGCAGAACAUGCUGCGAUUCCCUCAGCUCUACCGUAUCACACAGAAUGCAGAGGGUUUUAACACAAAGGUCUUUUGGGGUCACUGUAUAAAUGCUCUUAUUCACUCCAUUAUUCUCUUUUGGUUUCCACUCAAAGUUUUGGAGCACGACACUCCCUUUGACAAUGGCAACAGUGUCGACUACCUGUUCGUGGGGAACAUUGUCUACACGUACGUAGUUGUAACUGUAUGUCUUAAAGCCGGCAUGGAGACCACAGCUUGGACAAGGUUUUCUCAUCUUGCUGUAUGGGGCAGCAUGGUGCUCUGGAUGCUGUUUUUUGCAGUCUAUUCUGCUAUCUGGCCAACCAUUCCUAUAGCACCAGAUAUGCUGGGCCAGGCAGGCAAGGUGAUGCAGUGCUGGAGCUUCUGGCUGGGAUUGCUCCUGGUGCCAACAGUAUGUUUGCUCAAAGACGUUGCAUGGAAUGCGGGACGACGCACAGUGAAGAAGACUCUCCUGGAGGAAGUGCAGGAACUGGAAGCUCGAGCCGUGGACCCCGGAGCAGCCGUCCUCAGAGAUGCCAGUGGCCGCAGUCUGAACGAGCGUGCCCACCUGCUCACACGGGUCUUCAGGAAAACGCCCUCCAGCGUGGGACGCUCGAACUCAGUGCAGCAGACCGUGUCACAUGGAUAUGCGUUCUCGCAGGAGGAGCAUGGCGUCGUGUCUCAGUCCCAGGUUGUGCGUUCAUACGACACCACCCGUCAACGACCCAGUCUGGAGCUGUCGACGGAGUAACAGCUGGUAUAGACCUCAAUGACACACCUGUGCUGGGUGAUCCUGCUGUGGCCUUUUGAACUUAAAACUGAACUGAAUUGGGCACAACUAGCACACCACUCCGCCCAGCUGCAUAGCGCAUUGCCUCCCGCAACGAGGCCGGACUUUCUGGAAGGGAACGGAUUGACGGAAAUGGAGGGUUGGGGCGGGGGGGAUCUUCUCACAGUGAAAUGGCCAGUUAAAACGCACUACACAUGAACAGACAGGCAACAGGAGCCGAGUAGCAUUCAGAAGGGGAAAACCAGAGACAAUAGCGUUUCUCUGCCUGUAUCAUUAACACGAGUCACAAGACUGCUUCAUAACCGCCAUGUGUCUGGAUCUGGUUAUACCUAUAUCGCGUGGGUGCACGUUUGUUUAUGCCAGCAUAUACUGUAUAUAUGCAGCGAGAAGGAUCGCGAUUAUGUUGUGUGUACGCCUUGUCGCUCCUAUCUGUGACGAUUUAUGAAGAGCGCCUUGUCUUACGUGUGAUUUUUCGGGGCAGCUGUUUCGCUUCUGUUGUGCGUACGAGUGCGUCUGCAUGUGUCUGUAAGAGGCUGGUGUUUUUGUUGAGUCUCGACGUCGAUGUCUCCAGAGAUCAGAGAUGGCGUAUCCGUCAUCGCAGAGGAGGGGAGGCCACUCUAAAUAAACACGAAAUAACCACACACAGCGAAACACACAAAUACACACUUCCCAUUGCAGGCUUGAGAUCAGGGAGGUGUGUGUACUUUUUUGGGUAUGUGUGGGUUACAGAUGCAACGCCUUGCUUUUAGAUCCAUCUCUCCAUCAACAGACAUGCUAGAUACGCAUUCACGUAUGCACACACAUACACAUGCAUCGUUCCCUUUCCCAAUUCAACAAAGCUGCCAAAACACACAGUGAUUCCUCUGAGGUGGAACCCUCAGUGCCUCUCCCACUACACUACAGCAUGGAGUCCCUGGUAUACCACACACACACACACACACACACACACACACACACACACACACACACAUACAUACAUAUACACCUCCGCCUCGUUCUCUUCUCUCUCUUACUUCAUCCUUUCCACUAAUCUUCUGCUUAAAGGCGGUCUGUAUCUUAGUGCUUACUCUCUCUCUCUCUCUCUCUCUCUCUCUUUCUUUCAUUCUCUCUCUCUCUCUCUCUCUCUCUCUCUCUCUCUCUCUCUCUCUCUCUCUCUUCAGAUCUGCAAUUCUCAUAUCUCAUUGUUGUCUUGGACUAGUUAACCUUUAAAAUUCCCUCUCUGUUUCAAUGCUCGGGGUGACAACUGUAGCUUUGCUUUGUCUGCUUUUACUCAACCUGUUGAGUUUCUGGAUUGUUUUGCCAAAUAAACUGAAAUUGUGACUCUG